GAGAAGUUGAGAAGUAAACAUCGAAAUGGCUUCGACCUCAGGUGGGGUGUCAAAUUCACGAUGUAACGGCCUGGGGAAGAGAAUUCAAACUCGACGGACAAGUUUCAAACUAACCCCGCAACAGGAACAAAAAGCAAAUGGAUACCAAGUUAACUCUCUUCAGUUACAGACCGAAGAUGACAGGGACAGGACACAUGCGGAUCGUCCGACCCAGCCCUCAGCCACCGUGUUUCUGGACGAUGUAAUUGAUCAAACGGACGGUUCUUAUCGUUAUCCCUUUACCAAAAUAGACCUUUUUAUCACACUGUUCUCCACCUUAUUUUUUCUGUAUGAUUUUGUGUCCGACAUUGUGCUGACUGAAGAGUAUUUCCGACAUGGUCGCUACCUGGCCUUCUGGCUCACUGCUGCCUUUACCGUGUUGCCUGCUGUCAUAUCUAACGGUCUCAGUGUCCAGUGGUACUAUCUCGACUACACACGUGAAAAGCAACACCCGGAGAUCAUCGGCACCUCAAUGUGUACCUGGUUCUGCCGUGUGUUCUUCACUUUCCCACUCAUGAUGGGUCCUGCAGUGCGACAUGUGGAAUAUAUCUACCAUGGUUGUAAGUCCUGGACUAAAGACAGUGAUGAGGGGGACAGGAAGAAGGCAAAGGACCACCAUUACAAACAGAUGCUGUAUGAGGACAAUGAUGCCAGUCUGAUACGGAUGCUGGAAAGCUUCCUGGAGUCCGCACCUCAGCUUAUCAUCCAACUUUACAUCAUACUCACCGAGGAGAAACAUGACAGUCCUCCAUUUUUUACAAUGUAUGUCCGCCCAGUGGCCAUGUUAGGGUCAUGGAUUGGUCUGUCCUGGUCCCUCGUGUCCUACCACAGAGCUCUCCGCGCUAUGCAUGCUCAUUCUAGUGGGUUGACCACCGCUAGCAUGACUGGCCUCGGAAAAAACAUCGGUGGAGCUAUUGGUUACUUCCUGUGGCGGGCCUGCGAGGUCGGACCUCGUGUCAUCAUUAUAGCACUUUUUGCAUCACAGCUCGGUUAUAUAGUCCUUGUCGCAGCCGGAUUUCAUUGGCUAAGUAUGACCACGUGGUUGUUCUUCCAGAAAACUGAGUUUUAUCCGAAUCGUCGUGACGAGAUUAUAUUUAACAUCGUGAUAGGUUAUGUGUUAGUUUUUUGUUUUAUUAAUACCCGUGAUGGUCAUACAAGAUUUCGAGUCAUCAUUUAUUAUUUCGUGUUUUACCUCGAGAACUUUGCCAUGCUCUUAUCCUGGACCUACUUUACACCCGAUAAAAGUGAGUGGUUCUACUUCAUGGCCAUUUCCGUUGUAGCAUCUGGCUUUGUGUGCCAGAUAGUGUUCCAGCUCUUCUUCUACAUGUGCUGCCACCCCGAGAAAAUCGAGAUUUGCCUGAACCCGUGUAAGGAUUUUAUGUUUUAUCGGUCUGUGUGUCACAGCCUUGAUGAGGCUGACAGAGAACCUCCCGCUUAUCUUUAAUAUACAUUGAAGAAUUUUUACUUACAUUGAUGCACAUUUAUGGUUUAGGCUAGGCAAAAAACUGUUUCCUGUUAAUUUUAUUUUUCUAAAAUAAAGUUGAGAUGAAGACAGAACGUAGAGAAUGAUACGGGUACGUAUACAUAAUUGUUUGGAUAGAAAUACAAGUGUUAUUCCUGUUUACAUGUAGACAGGAUUGAGAUAGGCUAAGAUUAUACUCAGCACAAAAAGAAAGGUCAAACACAAUCACCUGUGGACUGCCUCUACAUCUGUGAGAACAGGAAAACCUUUUUAUAGUACAUAACUUUAUAAACUUUCAGGCGUAGAAUACCAACCAAGUGACACCCAAUUAAUUAAAUCAUUCAAGCGUACGUAGUCUGUGAUGGCCCAUAAACUCCUCAUGCCUUUUUGCAGAUAACUACAACAGUGAUUGGUAUAAAGUGGGAACGUAGUUCAUCUAUCUAUCGCCUCAUUACGACUAAAAUCUCAUAAAAAGUUGUCACCAAUAGGUUUAUACCAUUACGCCAUGACUGUCGCAAGUUUAGAGGGAAAGGGCUGUUGGCAGAGGACUCGCCUUGACACAUCAUCGUAACAACUGCUUAAAAUGGGUCAGUGUACAUGUCAACAUCAGGUGUUUCCCUAACGGAACAAUAUUAAUGUGUUGUAAGAAUCACUUACUGUAUAACACGAAAUGUUUGUGGCUAAUUUCUUUCGUGGUUUGAAGCCAUUUAGAUCGUUUCAUGGUACAAACUUUCGUUGAUAUCCUAUAAUAACAAACAGUCGACACGUAUAUCAUUCAAAUUCGCUCUAUUUAUGUUUCGUGGUUCAAUAUAGCAACCACGAAAACCACGAAUGUUUAUACACAAGGAACAUUUCAUGUUAUACAGUAAUGGGAGACGUACAGUCAGAGUAAAUGCUUUGAAAACAGCUGCAUUGUUGUGGGGACCGGUUGUGGUUUCCUAUGAACAAUGCCGGUUUAUGCCUCUCUUUGUUAUGUCAUAUCUCCUGUACCUUUUGGCGAACUAAUUUGAAAUUUCAUACUUGCGCACAGAACUUCAUUUAUUCCCGAUCACAAGUAUAACAAUUAAUUAUAAAUCCCUGAUGAGGUCGGAAAUGACCCAUAAUGCCCCUAGUCAUACUGAAACAUAUUACCUGUUAACCCUUUCACCCGUAGGUAACUUUAGUAGACUCUACCAGUUAUUUAUUAGGACGAGUCCAUUGUGGUCCACAGUGGUGAAAGGGUUAAGCUCAUAUUGAAACAUGCUUUUGUAUAUAACUUAACAUUGAUAUUGUGGCAUCAGGGUCUGUAUUACAAUAUAUGGAUAAUACGGUGAAUUAUCUAAAGUAUCCGUGUAAAGUAUUGUUUACCUGUCUUUUUAACUGAGUAUAGAGAAAGGAAGCCUCAUCCACGAGGCAUCCAAUAAACAGAUUUUUCAACAACAAAAAUCCUGAAAAUUAAGAAAAUUUGAUUUAUCAUCUGAAUUGUUGUUCCAGAAAGGUCUUGAACUGAAAUGUUCUGACUAAUGAUGUUUACACUGUGUCUACUUACAUAACAUUAACUGUAUGUUUACCUAUAUGUUUACCAGUAUGUUUACCUGUACGUUUGUAAUUAGUGUCUACACCUUUACUCUAGUAGCUACUGAUACACCUAGUCCAAUAUUAACCUCAGGUACAAAUGUUGAGCACUAAACUCUGUGUGUAAGUAAGUCGUAGGUUAAGAAAAGGUUGUACUAAUUGUAUGUUUUAUUAUUGGUGUCAUUUUCUGUGAGAUCGAAAGGGAUGAUAAUGAAUUAAGAAUUAUGAUCACUGAUCUUUGUUUCCUCAAUGUUAGCUGUUAAUAAGAUUCUUUGUUAUGUUUUAGAAAUGUUGACCAAUUUUAAGUUAAAUAUAUAAUGGUAAUGAAAAAAACCCAAUUGUUAUGAUGACCUGUUUUAUUUUUUUAGAAAAAAUCUUUGAAAGUCAUAUCUUCUCAACAAAACAUCUAAGGUGGUGACAUUUGGCAAGUUGCAUUCUAGGAUGAAGGGGUAUAAAAUUUAUUCAACUUAAUAUCCUUGUUUGACUUUCAAGGUCACAAAGACCGAAUUGGUUUAAAUCUUGUGACAGGUUGUGACUUAAGACACUGAUAGUUUGCCUGCAGCUUUAUUGAGUGAUGCAGGCCCAUUGGGCCUCUUGUUUUAACAUGUCUUGUAAUUUUUGGUAUUUCGAUAUUUCUAAAUUUUGAUUACAAUUGCAUGUGCAUGCUUUCAAAUGCAAUAAUUCCAUAACUCGGGGUAUUAUAUAUGUACUUAACAGGUCAUAUCUUUUAGUAUGAACUUUUAAUUAAAAGGUCAUAUGUUACAAUAUGAACUUAAAAGGUCAUAUAUAUAUAUGCUCUGUUAGUUGGCAUAAGCAUUAAAUCAUUUGCUUCAGAAUUAGACAAUGUUUUAUUAUAUAAUCCCUUCUUUUUUGUAUCUGUUAUAAUUACCGACGUUUGCUUAUCAGCUUUUUGGAGAUUACUAAAUAAUUAAUUCACUUGGAGUUGGAGAAUAUAGAGCCAGCAUAAACAGAAAUCCUUGAUGAAAUCCUAAUGCUGGUUAAUGGUGUACUAACAUUUUGUUUGAUGUUUUCCUGACUUUUGUAGUGUGCAGCUCAUGCUUUUCGUUUUUAUGUCACAUCAUAAAAAAGGAGGGCUUGAACAUUUGGUUUUUGCAAAUUGUUUAACUCAUAUUCACCCCUGAAGACACAUUUGAACUCUUCCAAUUCAAAGGUUGGAAUAGCUCAUUAUAAAAUUUCAGGGGUGAAUGAGUUAAGAAUGCACAGAGCUUGUUGAAAUAAUUUGCUUUUUUAACUGUUCUGAUGUUACUUAUUUUAUACAUUACAGUGUAUAUUGCUUGUUGAUAUUAACUACAAAAAUCUUUCGUUAGUGUACACAACAUUGCAAGGCGCUUUUACCGGCAAAUUAUUUUGAAAUCAUUUGUGGGAAGAGAUUAUUAGGACUCCAAAUAUGGUAUUUGGUCAAGUUUUAUUUAGAUUUAUUGAUGCAUAGUUAUAUAGAUGUUACUGGCAAAUUGCAAUUCUUUUCAAAUUGAAUGAUAGGGCAUAUUUAAACUAACACAAGGGCAUAUUUAAAUUUCACACAAGACAAAACAAAUAUUGUAUAUAUAGUUUAGCUAUAUAUCGCAUAAUUACUAUUUAAACUUAACACAAGACAAACAAAUAUUGUAUAUACAUGUAGUUUAGCUAUAUAAUUAUCUAAUAGUUACAGAUACAUGUGUAUAGCAACUUAAACUGGUAUAAAGUAUAUAUUUAAUAUUAUAUCUGUUUAACGAUACUGAUAUGUAAGUAAGGGGAAACUCAUAAUGAGCCCUUUUGCAUUGAAAAGUGAGAAAAUACAUGAGGGCAAAAACAUUAAAGUGUACAGACGGUAUCUACAGAUCUAGAAUUGAAACACAAGCCAAAUCCUUGACUACGUGUUGAUUGAAAUGAACAAAAGUUCUAGCCAGACUAUCUGGUUAUACUGCAUGUUUUAAGUGUAAUCUUUUUGUCCGUACCUGUAUCAGUCAUUAUACUAUAAUUAUGCUUGGUUAGCCUUGAAUACCAAUAGUAUAUAGAUAUAAAUAAUCAUAUUUAUCACAUACUGUACUGUGUUAUCCAGUAAAUAUACCCAUGUUAUAUUUUUUGGCGUAUAAACACCCAUGUAGUAUGACCUAUCAGCCCUGUGAUUGGUUGUAAGUUUCAAAUGUGACAAGUACACGACGUCACAGACUUACGCACUAGAGUCAAAAUGGCGGCUUUUUACAUUUCAAGAUUGCAUGAACAUUGUCGUUUUACAAAUCUUAAUAAUGUGAUGAAAAGGAUCUUACUCUCAAUUUCAUUUCAUAUGAAAUUUAUGGAACUCGUCACAAAUUUUUCAUUUUAGCAUGCCAGAAGCUCACUAAAUUGAAAAACUCUUUGACUCCUUUCAUAAAUCUCAGAUGGAAUGGAAACUCGUGUAAGAUCCUAUAUGUAUCUUCUGAAAUAUAGAUAUGCAUAUGGCAUUAAGUUGUACCAGGGUAUGAUAUCAAUAUACAUUAAAUAUGUCUAUAUUGAAACCAAGGAGAUAUACUAGGUUAUACCGGGACAUAUUGUUCUCUAUACAGUAACAUAGAUCCAUAACAAACCUGAGAGGAUCUACAAUAUUUGUUGACAAGUUUACAACAAACCCCAGGGGAUCCAAGAUUUUAGAUCUCUUCAGUAAAAGAGUCUGUUAAUGAAUCCCAGGGUAAUUAAGAUAUUAGUUUUCUGUACAGUACAUUUUAUCUGUUAACAAUCCCAGGGGAAUUAAGAUUUUAGUUCUCAGUACAGUAAAAUUUAUCUGUUAACAAAUCCCAGAGGAAUUAAGAUAUUAGUUCUCUGUACAGUAAAUUUUGAAUCCCAGGGGAAUUAAUAUAUUAGUAUUUUGGUUCUCGGUUCAGUAAAUUAGGUUUUCAACCAAACCUAGGGUACCUUACAUAUUAGCUGUAUACAGUAAGGGGCGUAAUAAAUUGAUAAAAAGGUAAGAAAGAAACAUAAGCUGACAUAAGUAAAAAAUGGUUAGGAUAAAUUAGAUAUCUUUACAGUAAAGCCUGUAUAAUGUAAUCUGGGGGCAUUAGAAUUAGUUCUCUAAUGAAGAGUCUAUAGAGUAAAUUUGGAUCUUUAUACCUGAGCUUUCUACAGUAAAACAAAUCCAGUGAAAAGAUUUUGUACAUUAGUCGCUAGAGUUUUAAGACAAACUCUAGGAGACAUUGAAAUAUUCCUCUCGAUAAGAAGUAUGGACGGGUAUAUCAGAAAUACUGGGGGAUAGGCUAGGGUAGAAGAAAUAAGUGCAAAAAACAUGUUUAUGCCAGAUAUUAAUGUGCCCGGUGUUUGUAAAACUUGCUUUUAAUCUAAUGAGAAAUUGGUUCUCUACAGUAAAACACGUUUAUAAUGAACCUUAGAGAAUCUGGUUUAACUAUAUAGCUACAGCACAACUGGUUUAUAAUACAAAAUGUAUAUAAAUAAAAAUAAUAACAGUAUGAGUUUUAUAUUGAUGUAAUGCAGCUUUUUUAUAUCAAGUCUUUUUUAAACCCUUGCAUCACUAGUAGGCUAGUCAAUUUGUAUUUUUAUAUAAUUUUUUAAUAUAAAAUGAUGCAAUCUUAUCUACAGGUUUUAUAGUGUCUUGUAAUCAUUUCGUAUUACGUUUUAUUUUAUUUUAUUAUAAACAGUCUUUUUUUUAUGAAUGUUUAUGUACAAAAUAAAAUGUGAA